AUGCUCGCCUCAUAUACUACUCUUGGACGGGCACAUAGGAAUUUAGGUCGUAAAAUUGGCUAUCCACAGAAACUAGACCAGUUGAGGGACGUGACUGCGUUAAAUGCAACCGUUGCAGAGAGCAUCGCUGAAUUGGCUUCCGAGGAAUUUCCAUCCUUGAGCAGCAUACCCUCAGCGGACGUCUCCGCAGCAGAUCUUGCACGCGUUCGAGAGUCGUUGAAGCACUUCAUUCGGGACUGGAGCGAGGAGGGAGCCCCAGAACGGGAGCAAAUAUUUACCCCCAUUCUUGAUUUGCUCAAGGAGGUAGACGCCGAUGAACGGGCUAAGAAGAAGGUGCUAGUGCCUGGCUCUGGUCUGGGAAGACUUGCAUGGGAGAUAUCUCAACUAGGUUUUGCGACAACUGCAAACGAACUUUCUUUCUUCAUGACACUCGCGUUUCGCUUCCUCCUCUCUCCCAAGACGACGGCAACACCGAACGAACACCAUCUUCGGCCUUACGCACAUUGGUUCUCCCAUCAGCGGUCCAACGCCUCCACUUUCCGUCGUAUCUCAUUUCCGGACGUCAUUCCACGUCUCGGUCCGAAUCUCACGCUUUCCCCUACAGAUUCAGGAGAGGGGUAUGACUUCAUUGUCACCCUAUUCUUCAUCGACACGUCCAUCAACGUGUUUGCUACGAUGGAACACAUCUUUAAGCUCCUCCGACCUGGAGGAUCAUGGAUCAAUCUCGGCCCUCUCCUCUGGACAGGAGGAGGUCAAUCGAAAAUCGAGCUCAGCCUCGAAGAAGUCUUACAGGCUGCCGAGGAAAUUGGGUUCGUCAUCCAACGAGACGAUGCUAUGAAGACCGUCGAAUGCCAAUACACAGGCGACCGAAACGCCAUGAUGUGUUGGACAUACAAAGCUGAGUUUUGGGUGGCCAGGAAAUUCAAGUAA